AUGGCUCACACCGCACAAGCAAACGUCUUCGACGCCAACAACCCUCAAAUCCAGGUGGAACACGACAAAAAGCGUCGACAAUUUGUCAUAAGACUAAACGGGUCUCACGAUCGCGCAGUACUUCUGUAUGAAUACGUUGGGAAGAAGACAGUGGACUUGCAACAUACUGAAGUUCCAGAUGCUUACCGAGGGCGGGGAAUUGCCAAACAUCUGGCCAAGGCGGCCAUGGACUUUGUGGUGGAGGAGGACCUGAAAGCUCACUUGACCUGUUGGUACAUUCAGAAAUACGUCAAAGAGAAUCCACAACCUCAUUACUUUGAACAUAUUUAUCAAUGA